AUGAGUCGUGGUUCAUCAGCAGGUUACGAUCGUCACAUUACAAUUUUUUCACCAGAAGGAAGACUUUAUCAAGUUGAAUAUGCCUUCAAAGCAAUAUCAAAUUCUGGUAUAACAUCUGUAGGUGUUCGAGGAGAUGACAGUGUAGUAAUUGUAACACAAAAAAAAGUUCCUGACAAGUUAUUAGAUCCAUCAACUAUUACACAUGUUUUUCAACUAACACCAUAUGUUGGAUGUGUUAUGACAGGGUUGAUCGCGGAUGCACGUUCUCAAGUUACUCGUGCAAGACAAGAAGGUGCCGAAUUUCGAUACAAGUUUGGUUAUGAGAUCCCAACUGAUAUGCUUGCAAAACGUGUAGCCAAUAUCAACCAAGUAUACACACAGCAUGCUGCUAUGAGACCAUUGGGUGUUUCAAUGAUCUUGAUCGGAUACGAUGACGAGAAAGGUCCACAACUUUUCAAAUGCGAUCCAGCUGGUUAUUAUGUUGGAUACAAAGCUACUGCAGCUGGAGCUAAACAGCAAGAAUCUUUAAAUCAUUUGGAGAAAAAACUUAAAAAAGAUCCUAAGUUGAAUUAUGAAGAAACUAUAGAAGUAUCAAUUACUACACUUUCUACAGUACUGUCUGCAGAUUUUAAAUCAACUGAAAUUGAAGUUGGCGUUGUUACAAAAGAUAAUAAGGAAUUUCGAACAUUAUCAGUUGAUGAAAUAGAUAGUCAUCUCCAACGUAUUGUUGAAAAAGAUUAA